GCCCAAGGGUGUCCGCCAGCACAGCCAGCAUAGGUUUGUGGGCCAAUGAGGACAGUGCCACCAUUGUUCUAGCCAGAGGACCUAGAGGAUGUUUCACUCUGGGCCUCUUGUGAGCCUGAUUUAAUGGGAAACAGUGGGCCUGAGAAGUUCCUUGUGACACACUAAUCUGAGCUUGCUGACCUGACCACACCUCCAAAGGAGGCAGCUUCUGGAGUGCCAGAAGAAUUCAGGCACCAUAGCCCUAAGGAAGAGCUGUCGGGGCAGUCAAGACUCAAGUGAAAUCAUACAAGUGUGAGAGAGACAGGAUCGGAAACCAGGACCCUCAUCCAGUUGCCCCAAGCUGCUCCUUGCUGCCUAUAGUACUCACAUCUUAGUGUCUUCGAGAGGCAAUAUGUCCGAGGGGGUGGGCACAUACCGAAUGGUCCCCGAGGAGGAGCAGAAGCUCCGGGCACAGCUGGAGCAGCUCACAACCAAGGACCACGGUCCUGUCUUUGGCCCGUGCAGCCGGCUGCCCCGCCACACUUUGCAGAAGGCCAAGGAUGAGCUGAACGAGAAGGAGGAGACCCGGGAGGAGGUGGUGAGGGAGCUGCAGGAGUUGGUGCAGGCACAGGCAGCUUCAGGGGAGGAGCUGGCCCUGGCGGUGGCUGAGAGGGUACAGGCAAGGGACAGUGCCUUCCUCCUGCGCUUCAUCCGUGCUCGAAAGUUUGACGUGGGCCGCGCUUAUGAGCUGCUCAAAGGCUAUGUGAACUUCCGGCUCCAGUACCCUGAACUUUUCGAUAGCCUGUCCAUGGAGGCCGUCCGCUGCACUAUCGAGGCGGGUUACCCUGGCGUUCUCUCUAGUCGGGACAAGUAUGGCAGAGUGGUUAUGCUCUUCAACAUUGAAAACUGGCACUGUGAAGAGGUCACCUUUGAUGAGAUCCUGCAGGCAUACUGUUUCAUCUUGGAGAAGCUGCUAGAGAAUGAGGAAACGCAAAUCAAUGGCUUCUGCAUUGUUGAGAACUUUAAGGGCUUCACCAUGCAGCAGGCAGCGGGGCUCCGCCCCUCGGAUCUCAAAAAGAUGGUGGACAUGCUCCAGGAUUCAUUCCCAGCCAGGUUCAAAGCUAUCCACUUCAUCCACCAGCCAUGGUACUUCACCACCACCUAUAACGUGGUCAAGCCCUUCUUGAAGAACAAGUUGCUACAGAGGGUCUUUGUUCAUGGAGAUGACCUCGAUGGCUUCUUCCAGGAGAUUGAUGAGGACAUCUUGCCCGCUGACUUUGGGGGUACACUGCCCAAGUACGAUGGAAAGGUGCUUGCUGAGCAGCUCUUUGGCCCCCGGGUCCAAGUUGAGAAUACAGCCCUGUGAGGAGACGCCCUGCCCUCUGGUCUGUGUUAGCAUCCUAGGCCUUCUUCGACUUUUCUAACCCAAGCCUGGGAACAAGGAUGCCUGGGGUGAUUGUGGUCUCCCCAGACUUCCCUAGGUUUAGGAGGGAAGGCACCUCAUCCCAAACUGACAUGGAGGGUAGUGAGUCAAGGGGAAUGCCCUUAAACAGGAGACUUGUAGGAGAGUUGUAGUCCCACCCACCUCUGCAGUUAUAGGACAAUGACCAUGCAAGAAGUUGAAUUUCAAAGACUAAUUAGGUUUCUUCAUGAUUUCCUUUGUAAUCACUUUGAUAUUUAGGGUAUGUAAGGCAGAAUUGAAAGCCCACUCACAAUUCUGUACAGAGGGGGUAGGCUUGAAGCUCUAAUAAUUUAACAAACACAGCACCAGUAGGGGUUUCCCACCCAGAAUUGCAGGGAGGCAGCAGCCUUGGAACAGUUGCAUUUGGGGGUGGUCUGCUGCUGAGUGCCCAGGAGCUAAGAGCUUUGGGUCUGUCCGGGGUGGAGGUCAUGCUCCUUCCUCCCCACCUAUCUUAGGUGUGUGGUUCCUUUCACUCGAAGCUCUCUUUGUCUUGUUGGGUGAGUUUUACUUAAAUUUAUAGUUGAUAUCAUCUCUGAGCACUUAGUCCUUGAUAGACAAAUAAAGCUAUUCUUUGUCUUGUGUCAA